CCAAAUCCCCGUGACUCCUAGCCAUACAGCGAAGGCGGGGUCCUGACUGCUUGAUGGUCGCUGUCCCAGGCACUCAGACCCCACUGCCCACAGCUGGCAACCCGGCUUCUGCUUCCGUUUUGCUUCCGGCUUCCGGUCUUGCUGAGCAGAAGGAGAAGUGGAAGGAGAGGAGUAAAUGAGGAGUCACAUGAUUAUGUGUAGGGAUCUUUGAUGAUAGGGUAGGGAUCAGGGGGGCUGCUGGUCACCUGUCACCUGUAUUUGGGAAUGAGCAGAUGAUAUCAGGUUCAUAGAAGGUCCUUGCAGGAGAGUGUGUGUGGUUAGGGGUGACUUGAAGGGACAGCUACUGGCAUGCUCAGUCUGUGAGUUAGAUAUAAUUGGUUUUGUGACCUGUACUGCAGGUCAGGAUAUUUCAUGCCAGUGAUUAUUUAGGGUGAGGGGUGUCUUGUGCAGUGCGGGGAAUGCUGUGCCCCCUGACGUGGAACUGAAACACUUGAAUCUAAGAAAACAACAUAUUUGCUGCUUAAGGGGCGCAGAAGGAUUGUCCGCUGAGAGCUGUCGCAUCCCAUUGGAAAGAAAAGGACAGAUACAGGAUGUAUGCACAAUUGUGGUGCGUCUGCCUAGCAGCUUGCUCAGCUAUCACCUUUGGGCAGCUUGUCGAUGAUUGCAUCCUUUCGGGAGGUGAUAAGUCUAAAACAGAACAAGAAAUACUCCAAAGGCUGGCUCCAUUAAAGAACAAAAGGUUUCAGACCACUGUUCAGUUAGACAAAGAUACUUUUACUUAUACGUUUGAAGUUUGUGGACGGGUCGAUAAUAGCAGUAAAAGCUCCAAUGAAGGGCUAGUGCAGACCAAAGCUGGCUCCCCAGAGACCACUGUGAUUGGCCGGAUCAAUGACACCCACAUCAUUAAUGGAACGGAUUGGAUUUUGCUUUUCUACAAAUCCGGGGAUAAAUAUGACAAUCAUUGCGGCCAAGAACCGAGGAAGGCUAUGGUCAUGAUAUCCUGUAACAAAGACACACUGGCGAAUGGCUUCACGGUGGUUAAUGAAGAGAGACAAAAGUUAAAUGACUGUUUCUACCUCUUUGAGAUGGACAGCAGUGUUGCCUGCCCUGUGGUGGAAUAUCAUCUCAGCGUGGGCUCCAUUCUACUUAUUGUGUUUGCCGUGGUGGUUGCACUGUAUAUUAUUUGUGGUUUCCUAUAUCAGCGCUUUGUGGUGGGAGCCAAAGGUAUGGAGCAGUUCCCAAAUUACACCUUCUGGCAAGAGUUUGGCAACCUUGUAGCGGACGGAUGUGAUUUUGUUUGCCGAUCUCAACCUCGAUCUGCCGAGACGGCCUACAGAGGAGUAGGAGAUGACCAGCUCGGUGAGGAGCCAGAAGAAAGAGAUGACCACCUUCUACCUAUGUGAUUCUUGGUCACCUAUGACCUUUCUGUGAAACAUAGCAAUUGGAAGAAGCACAUACCUUCCAUCACUUUCUUCCCUGCUGCUUUAGAACCUCUUUUUCUUUCCUAAUGCUUCUCCGCUGCAGUAUGGGAUGAAAGUCCCCAUGACCUUCCCCCUUGUGGAGUUAUUGCUGCCACAAGUAUAAGUCUGCACUUGUGUAGGCACCUGCUAUGUGAUGUACGUGAGAGUAGAGCCAAUAUCGUUCUUUCUGUCGGUAGUAAGAAGCGAGCCAGAUGUCUCCUGCUAUAUUAGCACUGCAGAGCUACAGGCCUAAAGACCAAAAUACAAACUCAGGAUAUGUCCGGAAACUGAUAUAAGAGGCAGAAGUCUAUGGAAGGACUUUGGUAUUACUGGGUUGGCGGGUACAUUAGCAAACUAAGGUGGGGGGGGGGUUUAGUAGUCCAUGUUCAGAGGGAUUAAAUGGCAGAUGAGAUCACUUUUUAGGUAUUACUCAUAAGAUGUAGUAUACUUUUUGUUUGUAUGGUCUGUUGUAUAACUUCACCAAAAUUGGGCACACACUGUCUUCAACUCACUUUUUACACACUUGAAAACACGAGAAAAAAAACCCUUCAGCAUAACAACGCCUGUGGACCUUAUUGGUUUAUGUGUGCUUCACACUUAGUACAGCGUCAGAUCCACCAUUACACCUCCUUGCGUUGCUUCUUGUCUACUACCUUUUCCAAUAUUUUUUUUUUUUUUCCGGGCAUCUAACUUUCUAUGGGUGUUUAUAUCUUGUGUGACUUAUUGGUGAGUUUCUGGGUUUUGUUUUGUUUUUGUUUUUUAUACAAAAAAAAAAAUAAAGUAAAAAGAAAAAAAUGGAUAA